AUGAUGCAAGGAAUCCUUUUUGCCUGCAAAGGUGUACAUAGUGGUAGAGAAAUAAUUUUCGGUUACCCUCAUACAAUCUAUAAAGAGCAUUGCACAUACUUCGACAGUGUCCACUUCAAUAGCAGUCUUAGUGCGAUUUCUUCAGAAGGUAAUGCAAAUCUAGCUAGACCGAAACAAAAGUGUCCUUGGAUUUCCAUGCUCAGUUCUUGCUGAUUUAUUAUGUCCAAAACGAGAGCUAUGAGAUAUAGUUAUGGAUAUCUCAAUAGAAUCAAUAAGAUUCAUUGGAUACCCAAUUUCUCUAGGCUCAAAGCUAAAGAAAAAAUCAAGGAUUUUAAGAUCGAAGUCCUUAAGACUUAUAGAGCAAGAUAUUAAAGAAACAAAAGAACAGAUUUCUGCAUUCAAUGUGAUUAUGGUGUUUGAUAUGGAUUCUCCACUGCUUGCAUAUCAUCAAGGAAUUCGUGAUGCCAUAAUUAGGUUUAGUAUCUUAUAAUUAGACACAACCUUGAAAUUUGAACAUCAGAGGACUAAUUUUUUGAGCACAGAAAUUUCGAAAUUGAAAUCUAUAAGUAGCACAACUGAUGAUGAAGAGUCUUUUGUCCUUACUCCCCUUUGUUGGAACAAAAUGUAGGUAAAAUUUUACAUUUUUGGGUAAUUUAAAGCUUUUAAUUUGGAACGAUUUUUUUAUAUAUGUGAAAAUACAAAUAGUUUGACCUAAUUUAAUGGAAAGCUCAAUUAGAAUAUUAUUUAAACAAAUUCAUAAAUUUUGAAUCAAUUCUUCGUAAAAAUAAUUUAAAAUUCAAUUAUUUUUAAUUUUAAAUUUUUUUAAAAAAAUUAACUCCCCUUUAAAGAGGGAAGAGAGUUAGUGCCUUGCAGGAAAGUCUUCUAGCGAAGCAUUUGCAAGAAAUCUAUUCUUCAGUUUCAUCUAAUAGGGAAUGCCGACUAUUCAUAAACAACUGGCUUGUAUGCAAUCUCCAAAUUUCCCCCGAAUAUAACAUUCCUGAGAUCAAGCCAUACCAUUCCCUUUUAUUGCUGGACUUCUACGAUAAGUAAUUUUAACUCAGAAUCCAAGAGCAGCUUGGGCCUUUUACGUCUUCUAUUUUGUCAUUAAUGGUAAAGCAUUUCAGAAACCCUAUAAAAAGCUUUGAAGAUAUAAACAACGAACUUGAAAUUCCAUACAGUUCCCUUUUCCCUGCAGCUCAGCACCUAGUGUUUUGAAAAAAGGCAAAAAUAAUUCCAGCACUAGGCUUAAACAGCAUAAUUGCUGUUGGGCCUAAUUGAAAAUACACGCAAGUGCUUAACGGAGAGUUUGAUAGAGUUUUUCAAGGGAAAGUUGGCAGUUUUGCAGACUUAUUGAAUAAGCUUCAGUCUCCAAUAAUGUUGAGGGAUUUAGAGGUUAACAAAAUUAAAGGCAAAAAAUUGAUCACUGUUUUAACAUGGCUUCUUAGAAAAAAUAUUAUUGAAGAUUAUCAUUAUUUUCUUUAUCUUUUUCCUAAAAAUUUGCCGAAAGAGACAAAAAAAUAUUAUAGAACUUUCUCUUCAAUAGCGCGAUAAGGCGCAUUCCUAGGUUUUACCGGACGGUCUUGGACAUAUGAAAACCUGCUAUUCCUUAUUCAUGGGGGAGACAAACAGCCUAAAUAAAGAAUUCUGCCUGAUUAAUCUCGAGAACAUGAAGAGAGGCUGUGUGGAAAAAUUACAUUUUGGUUCGUCAAAUGGAUCUGACGAGCCAAUUCUGGCCAGUACUUGAAAUAAAAAAUGAAUUUUAUUAAUUUUCUGAUGAAGAGUAUGAUCAGAAUUUUAAUAAUUCCUUUUGACAAUAAAAUUCAAAAUUCAUACUUUUAAUAGAAGAUUUAAAGAGAUAAUUAAAUCGUUAUGAUAAUAUAAUGAAUACUCUUUACUGCCUUAGGGAGACGAUGCCAGUAAUGAUUUUUAAAAUUUGACUUUUUUCAUAGUGACUUAACCAUCUUAAUAAUUUUUUUAAAAAUUCAAAAUUCAAACUUUUAAUAGAAGAUUUAAAGAGAUAAUUUAAGCAUAAAAAAUAACGUAAUCAAUACUCUUUACUGCCUUAGGGAGACGAUGCCAGUAAUGAUUUUUAUAAUUUGAUUUUUUCAUGGUGACUUAACCAUCUUAAAUUUGUUUUAAAAUUUAAAAUUCAAACUUUUAAUAGAAGAUUUAAAUGGAAAAAAGAGAAGUGAAGUUCAGAUCGAUAGGAUGCAGGUGAAUUCAAGAAAAUUUCAUUAGUUGAAUAAAACUUCAUUUAAAAUCAUUAAGAUCUGCAAUUAAUUCAGAACCUGAUUUCUCAUAGGAGCUCGCUCCAUGAGGGGUAACUUUUUGUAUAGUUCACUUAAGCCAUUUUUUUUAAAUUUUUAAUUUAAUAAGUCAAAACGAGAAGCGAAGUUGAGAUCGAUAGGAUGCAGGUGAAUUCAAGAAAAUUUCAUUAGUUGAAUAAAACUUCAUUUAAAAUCAUUAAGAUCUGCAAUUAAUACAGAACCUGAUUUCUUAUAGGAGCUCGCUCCAUGAGGGGUAACUUUUUGUAUAGUUCACUUAAGCCAUUUCUUUUUUUAACUUUAAUAUUUUACUAUCUUAAAAUAAUCAAAAAGUUAUUGACACACUAUUUUCAUUUUAAUCUCCUAGAUCUUGACCCCUUAAAGCUAAUAUAGAAUAUUUUUCAACAAUGCUUUUCAUUAAUGCUUUCAUAUUUAUCAUUCCAGCAGCAUAAUUAAUUGAUAUUUCUAAUUUGUUUAAAAUAAGUCCUUCUUGAAUACUCUUAAAUUUUCGCUUAAUAAAACUAAUAACUCUUUCUACAAAAGCAAAUUGUGGAGUAUAUGGAGCAUUAAAAAUAAUUGAUGCACAUAGCUGAUGAUGAUAAAGAUUUAAACUUAAUAAUGAGCAAUGAAUCUGCGAGAUAUCUAAUAGAAAAUAAGUUCUUUCUCUAAAGUUUUCAGAUCUCGAAUGCAAAAAUGUAAUCAAAUCAUUGAAAAAUGAAUUACAUGUUUUACUAAUCAUUAUUGGAUACUACUACGAGCCAAGCAACCUGCUGUUUCACCCAGAAAGAAGAUCAGCAAGCAACAAUAGACUUGGGCAAGAUGGCUCGGAAGUUGCCAUUAAAAUGCUCAAUGCACACAUGAGUGCUGGACUGACAGCUCAAUUGCCUAAAAUCAAAAGAAGAGGCACAGUUAAGAGAUAUAUCAAUGCAAAUAUUGAUAAGCUCCUUUCUAGACUGUCUCUCGAAUCAGAUGAAAUGGAAGUGGCUGAGGAUUCCAGACUUAAUCCUUGCAUCAUCUGCUUUUCAAACAGGGGUCAACUUUCCUACACAUCUUGCUGCUCUCAGCCAAUGCAUCAGGAAUGUCGGCUGAGCACUGUAAUUAGUUGCCCACAUUGCAGGUCUGCUGAAUUUAAACUUCAAGAAUUUCCAUUUAACCCAAACAGAGCAUUUCGCUAAAGUCUGGGCUCUUAAGUUAAAAACUCUUAAAUUUAAUCUUCUUUAAAAGUCUUUAGUCAGGCAAAGAACCCUUCCUUCAAGUUCUCGAAACUGGAUCAGGUAGAACUCUUCAUUUUCACUGUUUGCCUCUCCUACAAAGAAGAAAAAGCAGACUUUCAGCUGCCAAAGAACUUUUAGUCAAACCAGGAAACACGCCUUAUCGUGCUAUUGAAGUGAAAGUUCUAUAUUAAAUUUCUGAUCAUACUCUUCAUCAGAAAAUUAAUAAAAUUCAUUUUUUAUUUCAAGUACUGGCCAGAAUUGGCUCGUCAGAUCUAUUUGACGAACCAAAAUGUAAUUUUUCCACACAGCCUCUCUUCAAGUUCUCGAGAUUGAUCAGGCAGAAUUCUUUAUUUAGGCUGUUUGUCUCCCCCAUGAAUAAGGAAUAACAGUUUUUCAUAGGUCCAAGACUCAUCGGUAAAACCUAGGAAUGCGCCUUAUCGCGCUAUUGAAGAGAAAGUUCUAUAUUCUUUAAAUGAGCCAAUCCCAAGAGAUUUGUUAAGUCAAUUUUUGGCUCAAAAUAAUGAUAAUAGUGAGCAAUAUAGUAUUUUUUCAAAAGUAGCGCCAUAUGGAACAGGAAAAUUUAUCAUAGAAGAAGUCUCUUGGAAAGAAAAAAUUUCCCAAGAGGCAAUAAUUUCUUGUGUGAACAACUAUUCUAAUUUAAUAAGGGCAGUUAUGCAUGCUUAA